CCUGAAUAUAUCUCAAAAUUUUCGUUUUAUUGUAGAAAAUCUUUUAACUGAUUUUAUACGUUUUUAUUUCUUGGACUAUUUUUAAUUUUUAUCAAAUUGAGUUACCCCAGAAUGCGCAAACAACAUAUGGACCACAUCACUCCCUACGAUGUCAGGCAAAUUCAAAACUGCAAGACAUUUGCAUUUCGUAAGGAUGAAUUAUAUCCCAGCAUUAUACCGCCAGUGUCAAAAUGGCUUUCUAACACGAUCAACGAUUCCGUCUGUGAACCAGUUGAACCUCGAGUAUUACAAAAAAUGCAACAAAGUCGAAACGAGACCCCCGAUGAUGGUCAGAACUCCACCGAAGAUAUGAUUCGAAAGCUCAAAUACAAGGAAGCAAACUUUCAGCAAUGGGAGAAUUAUCCCAGCAUCAGGCGUCCAAUAUCACCAUGUGGUCCUGAGUUGACAGAGAUGUUGGAUGGGGCUGUUGGGGACAAUGACAGUCAGCGGCUAUUUGGCAUGGAACAAGAUGAUAUCAUGGAGGUUUGGAGGCGAAGCCCGAAUAAGGAUACGUUGGGCUACUACGGCAUAGGCUUAGACGUUCACAAGCCGGAAGCUAUCGACUUUAAUCAGGUGAUUAAAAAAUGCCUAGAUAAGGUUAACCCCCAGCUGGCCAAGGAACAGUCCAAGACCAAAACUACGCAACUUACACCUAAAAGUAACGAGCAAGCGAAGGAACCUGAAGGAACAUUUGUACUAAAUCGUCAGAUGCUUAAGUCUAAAAUAAAUAAAAUAAUCCCUGAGCAUGAAACGCUUAGUGAUGCACUCGGCUGGGGGCAUUGCACCCGGUCAAUUGGUGACAACCAGCCGUUGUUUCAAAGUGAGCCGAAGAUCAGUGUCAACGCCGUCCUUGACAUUGAACGACCAUCCGCGAAGACAAAGUGUGAGUUAAGACGCAGACGCAGGCAUUGCCAAGACGAUAUUACCGCAAACCAAUGCACAGAAUUCGAACGGAAACGUGAUCCAAGUCCUUAUGAACUGGCGUACCAAAGGGAGAUGGAGCAGUUGGAGAAGGAAAUCGAAGCAGAGCCGAAGAAUUACGAUCAGCUGUACUCGCAACUAGUCACAUGCUUUGAAAAGAAUACCUACACAGAUCCUAUUUCUGAAGCUUACAAGUGCUGCCAGAAAUCUUCAGUGGUUCAGGAUGAGAACGAUGGCGCUGGUGCAUCCGGUGACGGUAGAGCUGGUCGAGUUGCAGGUCAUCGUUCUACUAAGACAGCUGAAAUCGGAGCGGGUGAUGGCACUGGCGGUGCAGGUGGGGGAGCAGGAGAUGGUGCAGGUGGAGGAGGAGAUGGUGCAGGUGCAGGUGGAGGAGGAGAUGGUGCAGGUGGAGCAGCAGGAGAUGGUGCAGGUGGAGGACCAGGAGAUGGUGCAAAUGGUGGAGCUGGAGAUGGUGCAAAUAGUGGAGCAGGAGAUGGUCCAGUUAAAGGGACUAAGCCAUCUAUAACUAAAGCUUUUAAACAGCCGAGAAAAUCGUCUAAAAAAUCAGGUCAAAACAAAGCUGAAAGAAAAAAAAAUGGCGCUCCUAUAAAAAAAAAAUUCGAGCUCCCUCGUAAUAAUUCCCAGUCUGGCAGUGGAACUAUUCCUUCUAUUUCGGUUGAUAAACCAAGCGGUCCAGAACUCUCCCGAGUGUCUUUGCAAACGAAAGAAGAUCGUCCGGGAACGAGAAUGCGCUUAAAGCGUAAAAAGGGCAGGAAAGCCAAAAGACUAAUCGCCCGUUCAGAAAAUGACAUUAAUGUACCGAUUAAGGAUUGCACUUGUGAAGUUUGCAAGUUUAUGGAUCGUCGAGAGAGUGAGCCAGAUUCCCCGCUCAUCCGCCAAAUGAAAGAUGAAGCAAAGCAACGUGAGCGCUGGGAAUACUAUCAUAGCCUUCGCCAGCAAAUGGAGUUCUGCGGGCCUGAAUAUCGUGCCCCUCAGCACAAGUGCGCUCCUAUAGCAUGUGACAAUAGCUUUUGCUAUAACCGCAAGUGGAGUGAGUUUCUUGAUCGUUUGACAGCAUUGCAAAAGCUGCAGAGGUUGAUCGGUCCCAGGUACGGAAAUAUGGAUCGUGAUGUUCUCGACAAGCUGGAGAUUCUCAGUAAUCGUAUACGCCAACAAAUGUGCGACUUUAUAACGAUGCAAAGGACCAAGCAAAAUAUUUGGCAUACAGGAUCUUUUAGUACAUUUUACAAUUGUUGACAACGUUAUUUUACAUUAAAAAUGUAUUUUAUAAGACUUCUUUUUGAUAAAAGCAACUUGACAUGCUAGGAUUUGGUAAU